AUGUUGCAAACAGCCUGCAUGAGUCCUGAACUCCUGGUCAAUCAAAACAGUGAAAAUGAAACCUGUGGCUAUAGUCCAAGCCAGGGAUCUCCCCUCCCUGGAGAAACUGCCAGUCCCAAAAGCUAUUUUCAACAGAGCCCAUCGUUGCCAGACUCUGGAUUAACUGAAUUCAACGUUGCAAGUCCCAAGAUCCACCCUCCUUCACGCAAACCUCGAGAGAUGUCCGCUCCCACCGACUCUGGACUUAGCUCUGAUCCCCCUCAGAAGCGCUACAUGGGUGUGAGAGUAAAGAUGCCAGUACGGGAAUUACUGAGAAAAAUUCGGCUUUCCAAAGGCCUGGACCCAGCUCACAGCAAGGAAGCCUCAUUAACGAAGACGGUAACCAAAGGAUCCUCAGGAAAAACAGAAAAGAGAAGAGUUCACCCUUAUACAGAGAAACAACUUAGACAGGUAUGCAUAACACCUUCAGCCCCGCGCUGCCAGCCUCCCCAGGCACUGCUGCACAAGGCUGUUGCUCAGGGAAGACGAGCUCUGACUUACGCACUCGCACAGAGAUUUGCAUCCCUAAAUAAGAUCAAUGAGAAGGAUGCGGAGGAACGGACUGCACUACAUCUUGCUGCAGAGAAGAACCAACACCUGAUGGUGAGCGACCUGAUAUCCCUAGGAGCUAAUGUCAACGAACAGGAUAGUUUGGGGAAAACUCCACUCCAUCUGUGUGCAGAGAACGGCUAUUUGAGAGUUUUAGAGGUUUUGAAAAACUGCAAAACCAACGGCGUGUACGUGGAGGUGAAUCUGACGGACCAUUACGGUUUAACGCCGCUACACUGUGCUGCUCUCGCCCACACUGUCUUAGUUACAGAAUCUCAAAAGGCUGACAUCAAUACUGACACGGGAAGGUUUCUCAGACUCCGCAAAGAUCAAAUCCUUGAGGGAAUCAACUGCUUACUACAAAUGGGAGGGAAGCCCGAGGUGCAGGUACUAAAUUCACAUCAAGUCACCACGACCUGUUUAAAAAUUGAGGAAAACACAGAACUUAUGUGUUUGCUUCAGACUCAUAAACCUAAAGGAGAGAACAUUCUUCAAGAGAGUUACAGUCUGCUGGAUGCUCCGAGAAGAACGCCCAGUCCCUCAUCACCAGAUAACUUUGCUGAACUUUUCCCUGUGUCAUCUUCAGACCUCUUGGAUGUAAUUCUUAAAGGGAAAUGCUGAUAGGGCUUGUUAUCAUCUGCAUCUGAUGGUCCGUGUGCUGCAACUGUUGCUGAAGAACAGAGAACAGACAGUAAAA